AUGCGCGAGCCGAAGAUGAAAUGCGAGAGCUCGUCUCCACCAUCAGUUGCUCGACAUGUUUUCGUGGAGGAGGAGGGCGAAGAUCCCCCUCCUUCGAUGAGUGGUGCCGAACUCGUGGACGAGCCGGGCAUCUGCGACGUUGAGCGCCGCAUCCGUGCGAUUGAGCAGCGGAGCAACUUCAAAGUGCUUCCGUUCCCCUGUGCUGGCCUUCCCCACUUGGGUGCCUUCAUUCCCUCAUGUGAAGCCAAGAGGACACAGCUUGUUUCGGUUGGUUGGGAGAUUUGUCAGAGUCCGAGGUUCUCAACGUGGAAGCCGCCUUGCUCGUCUCCACCUGUCCAGCCGCGCGCUGGUACCAACGGCUCCGGCAGAAGCAUGCGAGCCGAGGAAGGCAAUCGGCUUCUCAUGGACUCCCAGGCGCCUCCUGUUGUUAGGGCUCCCCGAAAGCAGACGGCCACCAUGAAGGUGCUGCCGGAAGGUGAGCCGGAAGUUAUGGCCAGGAAGAGCAGCCCCGGCUCAAGGGCCGGGACCUUAUCCGUGAAGGAGGUGGUGGCCCAGCAGGCGGCGCAGCAGUCCAACCAUGCCUUCGGUGACCACCCCUCGCUGCUCCGGGGCCCGGGCGCCCAUUCUGGCCGCUGCUGUUUCAAGCUCUGGAGGGGGCUGCUGUCGCUCUGCGGCGCGUCCGCCUUGUGGGACCCUCCCCGAACGGAAGCAGGGCAGCGAUGCAGGCACUUUUUGCACGUGGCCGUCACCGGCAUCCUCGCAAUGUACGCAGUUUGGAUGGGCCUUCUCCGCUUCAUCAGCUUGGUGGAAUUGGUGGAAGCGGGGCCUUUUUGCGAUUUGACCAGCAAGGCCUCGUUCACAACGGACAUUGUUAUUGGCCUUGCCGCUCCACUGUGCCUGACCUUUCUCGGAGGUGUGAAGCCCAGCGUGUAUGCACGGCGAACGGAACGUAUGCGGGAAUCUUGCCGAUAUUUGUACGCGCUGCUCAAGGACAACGACCUCAUGGAGGAGUGGCAAGAGAUUGUUGGCAGAGAUCUGGUGGGUCUCACAGCGGUGUGGUUCCUGAUCUGCGCCCUGAGGGUUGCAUCCACGUUGCUGCUGCACGAGAUCUGUCCGGCCUCAGUGGCUUGCAUGAUCGGCUUUGUGGCCUUCGCGUCCGUGCUCACGGCAGUAGGCUUUGUCCUCAUAACUACGUGGCGUGGGCUGGGCCUGCGGGUCCAGCGGUUCACCGACCCUUUCAGAGCAAAGGACGUUAACCUUGCUGUCGUGCAAGGUGAGUGGAGAGAGUUGGGCGCUUGCAUGCGCUCCAUGUCGCAUGCUUUGCAGGUGUGCAUCGUGGUGCUGGCACUAACUGUCGGCACGGGAUUGAUCGCCCUGGCUUUUGACGUGCUCAGUGACGGGUUUGCCUUGACCAUGCUUCCGGCCGUGCUCUUCUUUGCAUUGCUGACGGCCACUUUGCUCCCCGCAGCACUCGCCAGCUCUGCGUGUGCUCGUUUUCCUUCCUUCGUAGCCAUCUACGACCCUGGGCCGGAGAUGAUGGAGAAGUUCCUCCAGUUUGCAGACUUUGUCGCGAUGACGGAUUGUGGGUGCUUUCUCUGGGACACAAAACUGACGGCUGGGCUGCUCCAGCGAGCCAUGUCCAUCACCGUCGCACUGGCUGCAGGCAUCUACCGCAGCGGAAUCCUUGUCAAUUAG